CGCCGGAGUUAGGUGUUAAUGCCAAGUGGUAUCCUACACCACCACAGGCACUUUCUUAGAUUAUCAAGGAGGUCUUCGAUCUGGAAGAUUACGAUCACAAAAUGAAGGGCCCGAUUGAAACACAGUUGUUUAUCAAUAAUAAGCUAGUUCCAGCCAGCGACAAUGCGACGUUCGAGCUCUUCUCGCCGCAUACGGGCGAUCUCGUCGCGAAAGUCGCUGAAGCCACGCUGGACGAUGUCAAUACUGCUGUAGAUGCCGCACAAGCUGCCUUCCCAGCAUGGAGCGCGCUUUCUCCGCAACAACGAGGCGCCCCGUUGAAGAAGAUGGGAGAGCUCGUCGUGUCGGAGAAGGAUGAACUUGCUCAAUUAGAUGCGAUUGCUAUGGGAAGACCAGUCAGCACGUACAUCGAUUCGCACUACGCAGCCACGCACUUCAACUACUUCGCCGAGGCAGCGUAUCCGCAGGGCCACACGAGCCUGAACACGCCCGGGUUUUUGAAUAUGAGUCUACGCCAACCUUUUGGCGUUGUAGCAAUAAUUAUCCCUUGGAACGCGCCACUUGUGUUCUUUUCCAAGAAAGUCGCGCCAGCCGUAGCGGCGGGGAAUUGUGUGGUUGUAAAGACUAGUGAGAAGGCGCCUUUAACUCCCUGGAAGGUAUCCCAAUGGAUAGAGAAAUGCGGGUUCCCACCAGGGGUCAUCAACGUUCUCUCGGGCCACGGUCAAGUCUCAGGCCAAGCCCUGGCCGAGCACAUGAAAAUCCGCGCAUUGUCAUUCACAGGCUCAACUCGCACUGGCCGCGCGAUUCAAAUUGCAUCCGCAAAAUCCAAUCUCAAAAAGGUCGUCUUCGAGCUCGGCGGCAAGUCGCCAGCCCUCAUCUUCGACGACGCAGACAUCGAGCAAGCAGCCAAAGAAACUGAGAACAGCAUCAAUUGGAACUCGGGCCAGACGUGCAUGGCAAAUAGCCGAAUAUACGUCCAAGCCAGCAUUAAGGACAAGUUCAUCGAAGCCUUCUCGAAACAUGCAAGGAGUAGGAAACUGGGCGAUCCUACGAGUAAGGAGACGAACCAUGGCCCGCAGGCAGAUAAAGUGCAGCAUGAGACGGUGAAGAAGUACAUCGUCAUUGGCAAGCAAGAAGCUGGAUCAACUAUCGAUACUGGUGCAGAAGCCAACAGCGACUCAAAGUCUUUGCUUGUCCACCCUGUGAUCUUCACCGAUGUUGCGGAAGACUCGCGCAUUGCAAAGGAGGAGAUCUUCGGCCCUGUCGUCCUUAUUAACACAUUCACUACCGAGGAAGAAGCGAUUCAAAAGGCUAAUGACACUGAGUUCGGACUGUAUGCUGCUCUGUACACGAAGGACCUUGAAAGAGCGGUGAGAGUGGGCAAGAAGCUGGAAAGCGGCAUGGUGGGCAUUAACUGUACGAGUCCGACGGGGUGCUGGGAUUUGCCAUUUGGUGGGUGGAAAGGCAGCGGCACAGGCAGGGAGAGUUUACUGGACAGUAUGGAUCAUUAUCUUGAGCAGAAGAGCUUGUAUGUGCGAGUAAGUGGGAUUGGAGGCUUAUAGUGUAAUAAAUAAACAUAUUUUAAAAUCGUAAUCGACGCCGAUACUUCAGCGUUAUUUACCAG